GGACAUGCACAUGGCGUUAUUCCACACUCUCAAGUUCUUCCUCAUCUCCACCGGUCUCUUCUUCACUGCGUUGGGAGUACAAGUCUCCCUUCCGUUAAUAACAGAAUUCUUUGCCACGCACGUGUCCCUCACAUGCAACUUCUUCCUCACGUGCCUCAAACCCCCUUACCUCUGCCUCUUCCUUAACGCCAUCAUCAUCUCCAUCUUCGCCUCCUCCAAGUUCCACCGUUCCCCUGCUUACGUGGCAAAGCCGCUCACUCCGACUCUUCCCCUCCAACAUGUCCACGUCAAAGUCUUCGUGGCGAACGACGUUACCGUUAUGGAAGACAACGUGACGGAAUCCACGUGGCAACCGCACGAAACAACGGAGACUCCGCCGUCACCGACGAUGGACGACGUUUGGAAGAUGAUAACCGAGCGUCGAGCAACGGCGCCGUUGAAGAAAACAGAGACGUUGGAGGAAAAGAGGGAGAGUGACCCCACUGUGUUUGGUCUGAAGAAAUUAGAGCCCUCACUGAGUGUGGACGAGUUGAAUCGGCGCGUCGAAGCGUUUAUAAGGAAGUUCAAUGAGGAGAUGCGGAUGCAGAGGCAAGAGUCGCUUACAGAUGAUUCGAUGUGUGCAGAUGAUGAUGAUGAACCCCUUCAGUGAAUCGUAUCUCGUAUCUAUAGUGGAAAAUUAUGGAAGGAUAUUUUGUCCGAAAUUAUAAAAUAUCUAAAAAAAUUAUUUGAUAUAUAUCAAUACUAGUCAGAGUGUAUAUAGUAUAAUAGCAUAGGGCUUUGAUAUAUAUUAUUUCUUUGAUUAGGCUUAUUGUUACGUAGUUGAAGUAAUAUAUGGAACAUGUUUCAAGCAAACACACACAAACUGUGUGAUAUAGUCAGAGUGUACACCGGAGAAAAGCUUUACCGUCGAGCUUUACUGCUUCAGUGAAUGGCUCAUGUUCUUUCUCUUUUAGUACUUUACGGGCUGUUGAGGUGUAUAUAUGGAACAUGUUUCAAGCAAACACAGAAACUCAGUGUCCUUUAAUCGAAACAUGUUUCAAGCAUCGAUGUAUAUGUGUUACUCUCUGUCUAUCUUACUGUGUGUCCGCGUCUGAGGCUGCAAUACUAUACCCAUUACUCUUUUCCUCUGUUUUUUUCAGUUUGUUUUUUAUUUGCAUUUUUUUUAAAAUAAAUAUUUUAAUUUUGAACUUUAUAUGAAUUUUUAUAAACGAAAAUAAGAUUGAUGA